AUGUCCUCUAAAAAUCGUAAUAGAAUAAAAACUCCGGCUUAUUCACAAACAGACCUGGAAAGUGCCUUAAAAGAUAUAAGAGAAAGAGGACACGGUAUUAGAGAAACAUGUAAAAAAUAUAACAUCCCAAGAUCUACAGUACAAGACAGACUAAGUGGCAAAAGGACUGAUAUACUAAAAAACCCAGGACCCGAACCGGUUUUAGGGAUAUCCAUGGAGAAAGAAGUCGUACAAUGGAUUAUCAAAAUUGCUAAAUGUGGUUUUCCUGUCAAAAAACAGGAACUACUAGACACUGUACAAAAAAUUGUAAAAGACUAUCAGAGACCUAAUCCAUUUAAAGAUGAUCGUCCUGGUCAGACCUGGUAUUCAGGCUUUCUUAAAAGAAACCCAGAAAUCUCAGUCCGGUCAGCAGAAAGCAUAAACAAAGCUCGUGCACGCGUUACUGAAGAGCAUAUAAGGCAGUGGUUUCGAGAACUUGGAACAUUUUUAUCCGAAUCAGGACAGUCAGAUAUUCUCACACAGCCUGAUCGAAUAUUCAAUGCUGAUGAGAGUGGUUUUUCAUUAUGCCCCAAAACCGGAAAAGUUCUUGGACCGAAAGGCUUUCGAAACUUGUACCAAGUAAAUUCAGGGAACGAAAAGGAUAAUUUGACCGUAUUAAUUAAUUUUAAUGCUAAGGGACAAAUGUGUCCACCGGUAGUAGUUUUCCCAUAUUUACGUCCACCAAAAGCGGUAACUGAUAGUAUGCCUCCGGAAUGGAUUUUGGGUAGAAGCGAAUCCGGUUGGAUGCGAAGCGAAAUAUUCUUUGAAUAUAUAGUUAACGAUUUUAAUACUUGGGUUGAAAAUAAUAAAAUACAAAAGCCCAUUUUACUUCUUGUUGAUGGCCAUAAAUCGCAUAUGUCGUUGGUGUUAAGUUCUAUGUGUGAACAGUUAGGAAUAAUAUUAUAUGCUCUGCCACCAAACACCACGCACAUAUUACAACCUGCUGAUGUCAGUGUGUUUGCCCCAUUAAAAGUAAAUUGGAGGAAAGAAGUAAGAAAGUUUUUAUCCAAACCUGACAAUUUGAAUGCUUCAGUAACAAAAACUAAUUUUUGUCAAUUGUUUAAAAACAUUAUUGAGGACUCGCAGAUGGAUAUAUGUAUAAAAAAUGGGUUUAGAAAAUGUGGCUUGUUUCCUUUUGACCCCAAUGCAAUGGAUUACACGAAGUGUGUACAAAGUACUAUGGAACGACUCAAUAAUCCGAGAAAUUGUGAGCAAACGGGUAUUACAAAUCAAGAUCUGGUUUCCACGCGAAAGGUGAUACGGCAUUUAGGACCAGUUCUCCGUAAGAAAAAUGUAGAUAUCAAGUUUAUUUUGAGAGAAGUGAAGAAGUUAAGAAAGACAGAGCCCAGACAGUCGGAAGUUUUGUAUGAAACUGGAUCUGAGGACCGAUCUAAUUCGACAGUUCGUUUAUCAACAUCUUCACUGAUAGACAGUGAAACAAAUUUGAGUAAGGCCAAUCCUGCGACCAUUACCUCUAUGCCACAUACUGUUAAUCCAGUUAACGAUAGCGAUCCAGCAUCAGUUAUCGAUGGGUCAGGUUUGAACAACACGCAUUACGCGGAUGAACAGUUGUUGCCUCCGCCUAUUAAAGAAAAUAUUUUAUUACAUGCAAAUACUUCCAAAGACAUUGCGAUAGAGGGAUGCGAUAAAUACAAUGUUUCUGAAUCUUUAUUAACUAAUUUGGAAUUGAAAGACCAAGAAACCAUUAACAACCAAAUAAUUUCUAGGCAAGAUACAACAGAAAAUAUAAAUAUAGGAACCAGUCUCACGAGCUUUCAUUUAUCUGGCAGUUAUCUUGAUCAAGGUACUCUAGUAUCCUUAGAUGAUAUCGUAAUAAUACCUCUACAAUCAAGUACGCCAACAAGAAUAGAUUUUCAAGGUAUCACGUCGCCAGCAGUAGUUACAUUACCUCAUGUAAAAAACAAGGAAUCGUUGACCGAAUCUGAAAAACCUUACUCUGAAACAGAAGUUUUGUUCAAAACACCAAUGACAAUAGAAGAAAAUCAAUUGUUAGCUUCUCAGUGUACAAUACUAGCAGAUCAGACUAUGACUGAACCUAUUUUAUCAACUGCAAUAUCAAAUUCAGGCUUUUCUACUAACGUUAUAUCGGAAAAUAACUAUUCCAUUUUAGGCAACACUAGCAGACAUCAACCAACGUCUAUGGAGUCACUUGAUAAUGUAAUAGUCAUACCUUCGGAAUCAACUGCACUCAGCACUAAUGCUUUUAGUAAGCAUUUAUUUCUGCCUGAACCCUUGAUAAAAUCAAACAAAAAUAUUUCUAAGCCACGAGUUCCUGCUGCAAUAUCAUCUUUGGCUUGGAGGAAACAUUACGAGGAAAAAGAAAAAAUAAACAUGAGAAAAGAGAGUCCAUACAACGUAAAAAAGAAGCAUCUAAAAGAAAGAAGGUUGAAAGAGGCGAAGUUAAGAGAAGAAAGACUGUGA